AUGGCUGAUCAACAGGCCAAGGACACAAAAGAAGAGCAAAAAAAUGAGAAAGUUUCUGUUCCAUUGCUUAAGCAAUCAACUCUUUUUCUUACAAGAGUGCCAUCAGAGAUAAAAUCACAAAUUGUAUCUUCAAAACCAGCUUCGAAACAGAGAAGGAUUUCCUCUGCAGGGGAAGAAGAUUCUUCAGAAAUUGAGGAAAUAAAGUGUGCGUUGGCAUCAAUUCAGCUGUCAAUACAAAAGAUAGUUACAAAGGAUGAUAUAAGGGAAAUUGUUAGAAGUGUAGUGGCUGACUUUAAGGAAGAUCUCAAGAAGGAAUUACAGGAGGAGUUGACAGUCAGUAUAAAGGAAGAGAUUUUGAAAGAUAUAAAAUCAGAGAUCCAAGAGGAAUUGAAGUCACAGAAAGAACAGUAUACUGAAGAUGUCGCUAAAAUAAGGAAACAGUUAACAGACAAAGUAGAUGGACUCAUGAUGGAUAAUGAUACCAAUAUGGAAAAUGUUUCGAAACUUAAAAAACAAAUCAGUAAACUGGAGACCAAGCUGAAGACAGUAAAUGAGCUAGCCAACACAGCAGUCAGUAUGGCCAAUUUUAACCAGCAGUAUUCGCAAAAGAACAAUAUCAAGAUCCUCAACUGGCCUGAACGACAAGGCCAAAAACUGAAAGAGUUUUGUACCAUCGUGGCUCAGAGAACAGGCAUUACCCUCGAUGUGCGGGAAAUCCUUGCCAUUCACAGGAUACCAUCCAGUGACAAACAACACCCGCGUCCUGUGAUUGUGAAGUUUAAUACAGCAGAGGCGAGAAAAUCUGUGAUUACAAAACGCGAAACGCUCAAAGAUGACUUCAUCAUGUUAGACCACAUCACCAGCAUGAAUGCACAGCUCUUAAGAACCUUAAAAGCGGAGAAUAAACAGCAUCUCGUGGAUAGUGCCUGGUACUUCAAUGGUCACAUUUUUGUUCUGGAUAGGAGUGGACACAGACACCGAAUUGAUGUCAUGGAUAAUAUUGACCAAAUAUUAAGAGCUUAA